AUGCACGGUUAUGUCCACCGUCCGCUGGCGCCCCAUCAUCUCAAAACAAAAAAAGCGUCUCCCUUUGCUGUGCAGCCUGAGCCAACUCCGCCUCCAGCUUCUCCCCUCUUCUUCCUCAGCUCCGGUCCCCCUCCCUCUACUCUAGGGCAGAGAGGCGAUUCCUCCACCUUGCCGCCUUCUAGAACCUUCCACGCCCUGCGCGCUCCGCUCCUCCUCGGCUCCCUCUCCUCCGUCUCCCCGCUCCCCGCUCACUCUGCAACGACGAGGAUGGUCUCCAUCCAUGCGCCGCCGCCGACCCUGUCCUGGGCCAGAAUGCUGGCCUGUGUCCUCUUCUGGGCCUCAAUCCCCAUACGACGCCCAUCCCAAGGCCCAACUCCACGCUCCUCCCGCUCGUUAAAUUUCCCCCUCUUCUCCUCCCCCUUCCCUGCUUCCCCUGUUUCGCGAUCGCCCGCUUCGUCUCCGACUCCGAGCUCCACCUCGCACCGCCUUCUCCCGCACUCCGCUCCACGCGCAGGCGGAGGGAUUGGGCAACAAGAAGCACCUCCUUCUCGUUGCAGGCUUCUCCCACCACCAACAAGGGCACCGCGCCGUCAAGGACCAAGAAGGGGCACCGCAGGAAGGCGCCAAGGGCCAACAAGGACUAGAAGAAGAAGAAGAAGCGUCGACGGCCAACAAGGCCGCGGCAGCAGAAGAAGAGGAAGAAGAAGGCGUCUCCGACCUCCAAGAAGCUACCCGCAACGACCCCUCCCCGCUCCAGCAAGUGCAGCCGGAGCUGCGGAUUCCGACCAUGCUGACUUCCCUGUCGGCCUUUGUCCAGGAGUUGUUCCGCCUACUGCAGAUGCCGACCAUGCCGGCCUGGCUGUCGGCCUUUUUCCAGCGGUCCCGGACCGACGACGCCCCCGCUGA